UUGGAAGGCGAUUCACUUCGUGAAGAACCUGAACCACCCAGCACCGAGGGAAUCGAUUACGCUCGGGCAGCUUCGUGGGCAGGUAGCUCAAUAGGUGAUGUAUUAUCUGAUGAAAAGGGCCGUCAACUUUUACGUGUAUUUUUGCACGAUGCGUUGGCAGAAGAAAAUUUAAGCUUCGUUGAAUCAAUUGAAAAAUUGCACCGUAUGAAUGAUCCAGCUGAAAAGAAGAAAUAUAUAGAACAAUUUCUAAGUGAAUGUUCACCAUAUAUUAAUAUCAGUAGUGCUCAGAUUAAAUCAGCAGCAACAUCAGAUGAUCCAGAUCCAGCUGCAUUCAAUUUGGCCGUUAAAGAAGUUAAACGCCUUCUAGAGAAUGAUCAAUUUCCGCGAUUUAAGCGGUCCGAAGUUUAUAUAAACUAUCUAGAAAAACUUUUACCAAGAUCUCAUGCUGAAAGAUGGGCAACAAAUUUUGAAGCUUUGCUUGGAAAUCAGAUUGGGCGGCAUUACUUUCGACUUUUCCUACGAGGAAUUCAUGCUGAAGAAAAUUUACGCUUCUGGGAAGCUGUGGUUGAAUUUAAGCAAAUGAAAAAUAAAACUCCUGCGAUGAUAAAUCUUGGAAGGACCAUUGUUCAGCAGUAUUUAGCUGAAGGAACUCACAAUGAAGUUUUUUUACCAUUUGGCUUACGUCAAUCAAUCGAGAAAAAGUUUAGCGACAAUGAAGUCGAUAAAACACUAUUUGAUGAGGCAGUAAAACAUAUUGAGCAAGUUCUUAAAAACGAUCCGUAUAUCCGUUUUCUACAGUCGAAGGAAUACCUCGGUUUGCUGGAAAAACUGAAAUAA